CGCCCGCAGGCCGCUCCGCUCGCCCCCCGCCCGCAGCCCGCCUCUGGCCUGCCUCUCCCCGUCCUCCCUCCACGCCCAGCGCUCCGGGCGCCCUGCCCGCCGGCGGCCCAAGGCCAUGGAGCGGCUGCGGGCGGAGGCGGCGGCCCUGGAGGAGUACGCGGAGUACCGGCGAAUUGUAGGUGAUGAUGAUGGAGGAAAGCUCUUUACCCCCGAGGAAUAUGAGGAAUACAAAAGAAAAGUACUACCAAUUCGAUUACAGAACAGGUUGUAUGUGAGCUGGAGGUCACCAACUGGCAUGGACUGUAAGCUUGUGGGACCAGAGACGCUGUGCUUUUGUACUCACCGGUACAAACAACACAAAACGGACUAUGAAGUGAUUCCCAAAGACCGUCCUAUUUGUGUGCCUUGUAGAGUGAGUCGUUGUCUGUGCCAGUCCUAUCACUAUGUCCCUCUAAAUGGCACACAGCCCAUCCGUUGUAGAUGCAAACACUUCGCUGAUCAGCACAGUGCAGCACCUGGAUUUUCGUGUAACUCUUGUUCCAAGUGUUCAGGCUUUCAUAGUUGCUUUACCUGUGCAUGUGGCCAGCCAACAUACGCACAUGGAACAGUCGUGGAAACUAAACAGGAGCGCUUAGCCCAAGGAAAGCCGGUGGGGCAGGAUGUUCCUUUUGCUGCUAUGGGAGGGCUGACUGGUUUUAGUUCACUAGCAGAAGGCUACAUGAGACUCGAUGACAGUGGAAUAGGGGCUCCUUCUGCUGAACUUUUAGAAUCCCCUGUUACCAGCAUGGAUCAUCCAUUUCUAAAAGAAUUUCAGGAACCUUCUAGUUCUGCUCAAACCAUCUCGCAGAUAGCAGAUGGUUCUAGUGGCACAAGGCAAGUUUCUCAUGGAAAGCAUCCAGAAGAUGAUGACAUGGCUUACUUUGAAAAAUGUUAUCAAGAACAGCUGAAAAAGGCUGCUAAACAGAAAGAGAAAAGUCCAGUGCCAUCAAAGAAGCCAUGAGAUUAAUGAUGGAAUAUUCAUUAUAUGGCAGAGUCUUAAUUGUUGUACUGGAGAGUAUUUUUUGCUGUGCCUACCUGCAUGAUUUUAUGUCUUCAUUUCUUUGUUCUGCUGUUUUGGCCUAUUGCUGAAAUUAAUUGUUAAUUAUCUUGUUGUAAUAAAAUUGGUACUUCAAUAAAUGCGUUUCUAAUCUCCAGAAUUGUUAAAUAGAUAUUCCUUUGAGAAUGGAAAAUCAUAUUUAGAGAUUUACAGAACUGCUUUUUAAGAUCUGAGAGAAUAAGCAUGCAUUUAAGUAUUACAUUGUAGUAGGGCAAAGAAAAUAUAUGCCCUUUUCUUAGACUUUUAUGACCCACUUUAUUUAUAGAGUCCUUAGAAUUCAUCAUGUUCGUGGAUUUUGACUUGGUGGGAUUUGUUCUGUUAAUAUUGACAUUUUAAUGUUUCAUUUAAAUCUGUUUUUUUCCUUUCUGCUGAUUUCAGCACCUUUACUAAUAAUUCAGCCAUAUGCUUCUCUAGGCUCUGUUCUUGCCAACAUAUACGUAUUUUUUAAUGUAAAGUUCUGGACACAUGUACAUCCAUUUCUCCACAUACUUACUAGCUACUUGAAGGGAUCCUGCUUCUAUGCUUUAUCCCAGAUUUCUGUAGCGGUACCAUUCUCCCAAUUCUGUUUGUCUGAUACUGUCCUAAACAGAGAUUCUAUUACACUAAACUUUGGGAAAAAAUUAAGUGGAAGCGGAUAUCCUAUUUAUUGCACGUAAGCAAAUAAUUAGAUAGUGUUUGAUAAAAGCUUACUUAUUCAACAGAUACUCUUUCAUCAUGUCCAGUCCAACACAGACUGAGUCCCUCAAGAAGGGAGAUGUGCUUUUUUAGUCUUUGUCCAUAUUUACAGCUGUGGCAGCAUAUGUUGUGUUAAAGGCAGGGGACAGGAAUAUUUAAAAUUUGGUAACUUUUUGUGGUGGUUUAAAUCUGCGAAGCAGCACUGCAAGAACUUGGUACAGAAUAACUGGCAGAGGCUGCAGUUUAGGAGGCAAAAGCAAAGCCAGAGCUAACUUUUUAGUCUCCUUUGAAAACAGAGGGGUCUAAGUUGGUUUGUCCUUAAAGAUACUUGAAGAUGUCUCUUGGACUGAAGACUUCUCCGGUGGUAUGUGUGUACUGAGGCUUUAUAGCAAGAGUUGGGAGAAGCUUACAAAGCUUUGAUCUUCAUCUGAGAGAACGCCCCUCUAUGCCCGAUGCCUCUCUGGGCCUGAUCAGCAGAGGAAAAGUGGUGACGUUGAAUGCACUCGCUGCAGGACAACUUGCUUUUUCGUUCAGGUAUCAGCUGUGGGAGGGAAGGAGAGUUCUUGCGAGUGCAUGCUGGUUGUACAACGACUGACGGAGGCAGCUGGUAUCCGAGUGAGAAGGGAAUUACAUUGCCCAAGUUCAAAGAUUGAAAAAGGCCCUUUACCUUAACUGCGAGCUGUACUGCCAUUACUACAGAUGCCAAUCAGAGGGGUUAAUCUGUUACUGUAAUUUAAGUGCAGAAUAUAUCAAAGUGUCUAAUGAAUGUUCUAAAAGUACCUUCAGCUUUAAAUUCUACACUGGAACAUACUGCUUUAACUUAAUAAAUAAAAAUACUAAUUUGAGCUCCCUCUUCUGGUCCUACUAAGCAAUCAUUUCUACAGAUACUCUAGUCUCGUAAGUAAAUGGGGAUUUCACAAUAGAAUUACAAGAAAUGAACAAAUAUAAAUAACAUUGGUAAAAAAAGGUAAAUAAAAAUAUAGAAAAAAUAUUUCAGUCUUCAGAGAGAUUAUUACAGGCUUAAUUGUGGGAGUUUAUUCUACUUUUUUAUUUAUCCCUGUGCCUAUACUCGUUAGGGAAUGCUGUUCCAGAAAUGUAUGUGUGUAUUUCAGAGAUGAGACUUCUCACAGCAAAAUAUUGUUAUAGACAGAGGUUUUAAUAGUUACAAAAAACCUUG